AUGGAGCUCCAUCGCUGCCGUUUCGUUCCCUACAAUCCCCAAGCUAUCAAUGCCCUCGAAUUCUCGCACCCCCCCUCCUCCAAAGCCGCCGGCCAAGGCGCGCAAACUCUUCGUCUCGCCGUCGGUCGAGCAAACGGCGACAUCGAGAUCUGGAACCCAUUACGUGGCGCCUGGUUCCAGGAAACCAUUAUCCGUGGCGGUAAAGGUCGGAGUAUUGAGGGUCUCGCAUGGACGCUAGAUCCGUCCGAAGAUGCGCCUGACGGGAGUGGAUUGAGAUUACCGGGUCGUUUACGGCUUUUCAGUAUUGGAUACACGAAUACGGUGACCGAGUGGGAUUUGGAGAAGGGGAAACCCGCGCGGCAUUCGAGUGGGAGUUAUGGAGAGAUUUGGUGUCUUACGGCGCAGCCUAGAUGGGCUCCUUCAAGUGAGAAAGGUGCUCCCGCGGAAGGGGAAUAUACAGGUCAACAUUUGGCGAUUGGAUGUGCUGAUGGAUCGAUUGUGAUUUUGUCGACCGCCGACGACGAUUUGAGAUUUGUUCGGCGACUAAAUGCAUCCGUCACUAAGAAUGUGCGUGUGCUCAGCAUCACGUUCCAAAACCGACAUGUCCUCGCUGCCGGGUACGCCGAUAGCUCUAUCCGACUGUUCGAUAUUCGAAAUGGACGUCUUUUGCGAACGGUGUCGCUUGGUCGUGGACCCAUAGGCGGACCCAAGGAUAUUUUGGUCUGGAGUGUCAAAUCCCUACCCGAUGGUACCUUGGUCUCUGGAGAUUCGACCGGCGAAAUCCGUUUCUGGGACCCGAAAAACUACUCACUUGUGCAAAGGAUACGGGGUCACCAGGCUGAUGUGCUGGAUGUUGCUGUUAGUAUUGACGGGGAAACGGUUGUUAGUGGUGGAGCAGAUCGACGGACGGUGUUGUAUCGAUUGAAACCGGGCAAGAAGAAUGAUAAAUCGCGUCGAUGGAUGGAGGUUAUGCAUCGACGAUAUCAUACGCAUGAUGUUAAGAAGUUUGCGGUAUAUGAGUCGAAGGAUAUGAGUAUUGCUGUUUCUGGAGGACCCGAUGCAUCCCUCGUCGUUCUUCCUCUACGCGAAUCUGGAAAAGAGCAUCAUAGGACGCUUUCCAGUCUCCCUCAGAUUUGUCAACUUGCCUCCGGUUCGUCGUCUAGGUUUAUGAUGAGUUUCUGGGAAAGGGAAGUCAGGAUAUACAAAAUCGCGCCUGAGAGCGGAGCAGAUGCAGAGAGCCAGAGAAAUCAACUAGUCGGCAGAGUGUUGAUUCCAGGCGACGAAAACAUCACUUCAGCCGCCCUCUCGACCGAUGGCAGUCUUCUAGUCCUCUCUACAACGACCACAAUCAGAAUGUUCAGUCUCUCUGAAAGAGAAGACGAAGAUGAGGAAAACGCAUUGCAUAUCAAAGACGUCAAACUCCCUCGCCAAAUCACCGACGACGGCGCCCGUAAUGUAUCCUUGUCACCGGAUCUUCGAUGGCUAUCGAUCAUUCGACCAAGCAAUGAGAUAUAUCUCGCAAGAUUGUCCGUCACAGACACCGAUGCGGGCAAAGACGUGCAAAUCAACCCAAAGAUUCUGCGACUACAGCGAUCAUCUGGUCGAACACAGACGUUACGGGGUAUCAACCAGGGUACACUCGGCGACUACGAACGAACCAUUCGCACAAUCACAUUCAGCAGUGAUAGCAAACUCUUUGCGACUGGCGACUUGGCAGGUUUCGUGGAUUCCUGGGUCCUUGAAGACGUCUCAGAGCAGCCCAAGAAAUCAGCCAACGGAAACACAUCAUCUGAUGACGAAUCCUCCGACGAUGAAGACGACGUCGAAAGGAUUAUCGACGGCCAACGCUGGAAACUCCUCGCGCAAAUGCCCUGUCUCCAUUCUGGUAUAAUAUUCAUGUCUUUCCGACCAGCCACAAAAUCCGCUGCAGAAGACCGUCUACUCAUCCUCACCAGCAAACACCAACUAACAGAAUACGAAGUCCUGGCCAGCAAAUUCUCGGACUGGUCCCAACGAAACCCCAAAUCGUGCCUUCCCGAAGAAUUCAUUGGACUCAAAGACCGCGCCAUCGGCGGUGUUUGCGAAGUUUUCCAGGGUGCGCCGAAACUGCUGUUAUAUGGGCCGUCGUGGAUGUGGAUGUUUGAUCUCACGCAUGAUUUCCCGUCGCAGUCCGUUGAUACUGAUGAUAUCAAGAGAGGGACUGCAGGAAUGUCGGACGCAGCUCUCGCUAUUGAGCUCGUACAAGCAGCCAUGGGAAAGCGUAAGCGCGACAACGAUAACAAUGAUGAACUCGAUGAGAGAGACGAAUUCGAUGUCAACGGCGACGAAAAUGAGCACUGGCGCAGAAAAUACAACAGCGGAGCAGGGGAUCUAAUCCCCAGGUCCCAAACAACGGUGUCCAUGGGCACGAAAAUGCGCAAAAUCACGGGUAAUCGUCAGAAUAGUAAGGGACAAUGGAUUGAUGUUGAGAAACACCGUCUUCAUCAACACAACAAUGACAACGAGGGCGAGGAAGAUAGUCAUCCGUUCUUUGCAAAUGGAGAACCGGAUUUUGCCCAGCUACGCCGUCAGAUCGCCAACGAUACCACCGCCACCCUCCUUGAUGAGAAGGAAGCAGAUCAGACACCCAAGAAAUUGACAAACGGCGCCUCCUUCGCAGUCGUCAUAAACCAAACAUCCCAAAACCCCGAACAAGAACAAGAACAAGAACCAGACUCCAAACAAACAACUAUAUUCUGGCAUUCGUACAAAUUCCGAGACAUUCUAGGCGUAUUACCGCUAGGCUCAACUUCUCAUAUCGAUCUUGUUUCGACCUCGAGCAGAGACAAAAGUGUGGAAUUGGCAGUUAUCGAGAGGCCGAUGUGGGAUAUGGAUUUGGGUGAGAGAUAUGUUAAGGAUUAUGAGUGA